UCCGUAUCUAUAUCUAGAAAUUUUAUCGGUCAUAAACUUAAGAAGAAAGAGUAAGCAUGAAUGACAAAUUUUGUGGUGCAUUGUUUUAUCCGUAGCCUCUAAAACAAACUUCAGUUAUAUUGCAUGGACCCAUGCCCAAAGUCUACACAUAUAUGAAUUCAAUUAAAAUUACUAAACCAAGAAUGCACCACACUUUUUCUCGUUCUCCCUUAUGAAAUGGGAUUAGUGCGCGAAAUUCGAUGCAUUGAGUAAUUGGAAAAGGUAAGUUGCAUGCGCAUAUUGUUGGGAAUAACACUUAUGAUUGAAAAUACUCAGUAAACUAAUCAAUUGCAGUCAGAAAAUGUUAUGGAGACUCUUCAGUUCUCAAACACUACAAUGAGGCAGAUGAAAAGCUUUGGAAUGCAUCCCUCAAAUUCAAAAGUUAUCCAAUUAAAGUUCAUCUCACAAUUGAAAACGUAAAUCUUCCCUAUAUAUAGCAGCUCGAGUAGAUGUUUAUUUUCAUUGCCAAUAGUUACCAAAAUGGAAGAGAAAACGAUAAAACACUACAGUAGCUCCCAGAAGAUACUCCUCGUAGGAGAGGGAGAUUUCUCUUUUUCUCUCUCUUUGGCCAAGGCAUUUGGCUCUGCUUCUAACAUGGUAGCAACUUCACUUGACUCCAAAGGUAUUUUAUUAUGGAAAUACCCGAGGGUUUCAAUAAAGUUGAUGGAAUUAGAGGAACUUGGUUGCACCAUUCUGCAUGAAGUGGAUGUUCAUACUAUGAGUGAACACCCGCUCCUCAAAACCAAAUGUUUUGACCGAAUCAUUUUCAAUUUUCCACAUGCCGGAUUUACCUAUCGUGAGCAUAAACUGUGUCAGAUUGAGCUACAUCAGAAGUUGGUAUCUGGAUUUUUUAAGAGUGCAAAAAAGAUGAUAACUCAAAAUGGAGAAAUUCAUGUGACACACAAGAAUGGUAAUCCUUAUAAUAAGUGGGAAGUAGUAGAAUUGGCAGUUGAUGAAAAUUUGCAAUUGGUUGAGAAGGUUCGUUUUCGUAAACGGGAUUAUCUGGGCUAUGUUAAUAAGAGAGGAUCUGGGAAUAGAUGCGACAAAACUUUCGCUGUUGGUGAUUGCAGCACCUUCAAAUUUUCCCAUGCUUCUCAAGAUAAUUGUUCGCUUAUUGGUUUGGAAGACUUAUUUUCUUUGGUUGAGAAAUUUCCAAUUGGGCGAAUGUGA